AUGCUUUAAAAUUUGAAUUAGCCUAAAGUUAGGAAUCUAGCUCAUGAGACUCUUUAUUUCAGAUCCCCCAUUGAACUAGCUCAGAUUUUAUAAUAAAAUGAGGAAGAAAGAAGGAAAAAGGAAUAGGUCUUUUCAGAUUUCCACCAGUUACUGCAACAUAGACUUAAAGAAGAAGAAGGAAUUAGUCCAGAGACUUGUGAAACUUAUUUUAAAACCUUGAAAAAGUAGAAUCUGGUACCUAUUGAUAUUGAAGAGGAAUAAUAAUAAGCAUCAUAAGCAAACAUAAAUUCCACAUAAAUUUAAGAUAACUCUUAAAGUAACACAGAUGAUUAUAAGAUUAUGAAUAAAUCACCAAAACCGAUUGCUUUAUAAUGUAUGACUGUUCCUCCUAUAGAUUAUGAUAAGUACAAUUAAGACGGGAUAAAAGCAUGGGAUUUAGGAUGUUCAGUUGUCGAAGACUUCAUACUUCCAGAGCUAAAAAAUGAUGACUAGAAAUCUAUCUAAGUAAAAGCUGUAAAAUACGAUGAAAUAAUGCAAAAUCUUUAUCCUCAAGAUGUAUAAGCAAAUAUCAAAAGUUCAACACUAAAUCAAUAAAAGAUAUAGUAUAUGUAUAAGAAUCCUUAUCAUCAAGAAAUAGGAAAUACUGAUAAAAAAUCCUAACUUCAUGACUUCUCGAAAGUCAUAAACAGAGAUAAAGCUGCAUGCUUGAAUAUUAAGAUGCUAGGAGGCCAUUCAAGAAACAAGAAUUAGCUAUAGUCCUUAUCACACUAGUAUGAUAACUCUGUUCCAGGGGUGGGUAGAUACAAUGUUAGUUAUGACCAGGUUGCCUAUCAAAUUUAACCAUUAGUUAUGAACAAAAAAACAUUUAACCGAAGGAUUAAGUAAGGAGAUUUCAAUCACAUCUUAGAUAGAAGUAGACUAGCUUAGAGCUCUGAUGAUCUUGACUCUUAAGUGAUUGAAAAAAAUUCAAGGUUUGAAAAGAAAGAAAGAUUGAAAUCCUAAUCAAUAGGAUAUAGGAGAAGUAAUAAUAAUAAAAAUAUUAAUAUUCUAAGAAACCUUUAAGAACUAAGCAAAAAAUUCAAUUAAACCAAUAAAUAAACUAAGCUGCAACCAUAGCAAGUUGAACAAUCCCCUUAUAAAAAUAUAAACUUCACCUCUUUUAUUCAAAUGAAGAGUAGAAAACAGUUAAUUUAAACUAAUGUAGUUGGAGUGAGCUCAAGUGAAAUCAAAUCAUAUAAAUAAAUAAGCUAAGAUAAACCCAAACAACGAUAAAAUCUUGGAGUUAAAUUUACUAUUAAUUCAGCAAUAAUUUGA